CGUUGAGGUCCCACACUGCAUCAGUCACCAGAAAGAAGUCGACAACACCAUCUAUAACCUCUCAACAUGAUCGCUUUCAAAGCUGCAGCAGUCCUUCUCCUGGCGAGCCUGGCCGCCGCCCGCCCCUCCGAGGAAUGGGAGCCCGAAGGCCACUCCCAUACGGAGCACACGAAGCCGUACCACGUGACCGUGGUGAAGAAGAUCGGCGUCCCGAUCCCGCACCCGGUCGCCGUGUCCGUGCCGCAGUACGUCAAGGUGCCGAUUCCGCAGCCGUACCCUGUUCACGUCACGGUCGAGCAGCCCAUUCACGUACCAGUCUAUAAGGUCGUCCCCCAAGUAGUGGAGAAGCCAGUGCCGUACACCGUUGAGAAGCCAGUACCUUAUGAGGUUGAAAAACCCUACCCUGUGGAAGUGGAGAAGAAAGUCGAGGUCCCCAUUCCUAAGCCUUACCCAGUCCAUGUUCCAGUCUACAAACACAUCUACCACCACAAGGGUGGCAAACAUUAAAAAUGAUAAUUUCGAAAUUAAAUUUAGAACGGGCUAGUUCAUUCUUAAAUUUAAAGAAAUGGGGUUUUGUAUAUAGAAUAAGAAAUUAGCUUACUCUGUAAGCCUUUCUUUAGGUUUGUUAUGUUGGCCCCCUUGUAAAUAAAUAGUGAUGUAGAUAAAUUUGACGGAGAUAUAUUUUCGUCAGUAUUGACUACUGAAUUGUGAUAUUUAUUGUGUGUUCACUUGUUGUUGCUGUUGCAUCUUUGUUGACUAUUGUGUAUUUGUUGUUGGUUAUUUUUAAAUUGUAUGAUAUUGUUGAAUUAAAUUUUAUAAGAAAACUGA